AUCUUGACUUCAAAUAAAAGAUUGACAGGGUUGUUUCUCAGUGCUUUAUUCCUGUGCUGUUGCAUUGUGGGUAGUGGGAGAAACCAAGUGUGGUGGCAAAGGAGGGGGUAAAUUGUGUGGGGUUAGUGAGGUUUGCUCCAUAAUCAUUGUUAGAAUUAUUGGUGGAUGUGUACGGUGUUAUGAUAAGAGCUGUUAACAGAGGGAAAUGGGGUAGGCAAUCUAGUAAGACCGGGUCUGCACAAGUAUCCCAUGUUAAUGGUCAUUAUUAUCCCCAUGUGAUUAGGGCCCUAGAAUUGGUGGGACCCAGGUGUAUAAAUGUCUCACCUAGUGGAGUAAUCGGGAGUUGGUGGGCUACGCCUGGUGGGAGCGGUUGCACCUGUGAGCACCUGCACGUUACGGCUUGGGAAGGAUGUGAAUAAAAAAACUUUAUUGGCAUACAACGUCCUCUGUCUACUAUUGUGGAGAAACUCGGGAUGUCCUUUUGACAAAUGGUGUCAGAAGUGGGAUCAUUAUGCCACCCAAGACCAGGCAAGACCGAGGUGCGGGCACAGAGGAGCAGGGGGGAAUGGAGCAGGAGCCGGCCAGCUCUACGGAGUUACAAGAACCAGCUGCUGUUGGUAGGGGUGACGCCGUAACUCCGCCUGCUGUGGGCCCAACAGAGGGAAUUGUCUCAGAACUGGCGGGCCUGGUUAAAGUCCUCCUACAGUCCCAAGUUGCCCGUGACGAUCGAAUGGAGCAAGUAAUGGCUAAACAAGACCAGCGUUGGCGAAAUAUGCAGCACCAAUUCCAGCAAAUCCAGCACCAAGUGGGAGAAAUCCAGGCCGGAGGGGACCAAAGGGCAAGUCAGGCCGUGUCUACCGCUGCAAGCCCAGUGCCAACAGAAGAAGGUACGUCGUUUGGAACUAUCGAGCCAAGGUUAAACCCCUUGACCAGAGAGGACGACAUUGAGCAGUUCUUAACAACCUUUGAAAGAAUGGCUACGGCAUGCCGGUGGCCCCAAGCUAAUUGGCCGAUAAGACUGGUUCCCCUGCUGACGGGAAAGGCACGUGGGGCCUAUGUAGCCAUGGAUGGGAAUGAUGCUGAGGACUAUGAUAAAGUGAAGGAGGCCAUACUUAUAAAAUAUGAGAUUAAUGCAGAGAUUUACCGGCAAAGGUUCCGCUCAGUAGAGAUUCGGCCAGACGAGAACCCCCGUGAGCUUUAUGUACGAUUGAAAGAUCUCUUCUCAAAAUGGGUGAAGCCAGAGACGUGUAGUAUUCAGCAGAUGUCUGAAAUUAUUAUCUUGGAGCAAUUCAUGCGAAUGAUAAACUCUGACAUGGCAGUGUGGAUUAAGGAGCGUGCUCCAGCCACAGCAGAAGAAGCAGCCAAGCUCGCAGAUACAUACCUGGCUGCCCGCCGGGAGACCCAGCACAGCUUUGGAGGUCGAAGUCAAAGGUGGUCAAGUAAGUCUGGGGGGGAAGGGGGUCAUGCCCAAGGUAUAGGGAGUGUUUUUGGUAAGCAAGGGGAUAGAACUAAGAAGCAGGAAGUUAGAUGUUACUAUUGUGGGGAGAUAGGACAUACAAAGCCCAGUUGUCCAUCCAGGAACCUUAAGCACUCGGCUGUCUGUCAUGUUCGUCGCCCUUACGAGCCACACACUGUAUCACCUGAGGCUAGGCAGACAGGCACCACAGACAUAUUGACACCAGUACUGGUGAAUGGUCAGUCGGCUAAAGCCUUAGUGGAUACGGGUAGCACUCAGACGUUAGUACGUGACAGCUUGGUUCCUGUGCAUAAAUAUAGUACCCAGAAGGCCAUUAAAGUUUGCUGUGUGCAUGGGGAAGUGAGGGAGUAUCCGACUGCAGAGAUGUACAUAACCGUGCAGGGCCAGACUUUUUUGAUGGAGGUGGCUGUGGCGGCCCAGUUACCACAUGAGGUAGUACUAGGGCAAGAUCUUCCCAUUCUUUGUGAUUUGGUUCCCAAAGUUCAGCCCUGUUAUGCAGUAACCCGAGCCCAGAGGGCGAUAGCUGACCUGCAGGAGAUGCCUUUUGCAGAUGUUGACUUUGAUGUGCCAGUUGAGAAAAGACGCAAAUCAAAAAAAGAAAGGCGGAAGUGUAAGUUUGAGGGUAGUAUGAAAGCGGGAGGUGAGGAACUGCCUUUGCCCGACUGCGCUGUUAAUAUGACAAUCCCGGAGGACAUAGGUGAAAUGCAGAGAAAUGAUCCGACUUUGCAGGACUGGUUCCAGAAGGUGUCUGUGGUAGAUGGGGUUAGGAAAGAGGGUGGAUCGGCUUUGAUGGAGGAAAAAUACAUUUUGGAAAAAGGCAUACUCUAUCAGGUGAAAGGUGCGGUUGAAGCAUUGGCAGUGCCGGAAGCAAUGCGCCAUACCGUGAUUACUUUAGGCCACUCGGUGCCUUGGGCAGGACAUUUGGGCAAGGCCAAGACGUUAGCAAGGGUUGGAAGUCGGUUCAGUUGGCCCAAAAUAUAUACGGAUAUAACAGAGUUUGUUCAUACUUGUACAGAGUGUCAGAUGACAUCGGGAAGGAGAGUGGCCCCGGCACAUUUGUUACCAUUGCCGGUCAUUGACACACCCUUUAGUCGCCUGGGAAUGGAUAUAGUAGGGCCCCUGGAGAAAAGUAAGAAUGGGAAUCGGUAUAUUUUAGUAAUCUGUGAUUAUGCCACCAAAUACCCAGAAGCCUUUCCCCUUAGAACCAUCAAAGCUAGACAAGUAGCUAACUGUCUGGUACAGCUGUUCUCCAGAGUGGGAAUUCCUCGUGAAAUCUUAACAGAUCAGGGUACGAACUUUAUGUCGGUGCUGUUAAAACAGGUGUACCAGCUGUUGGGAAUAAGGGCAAUUAGGACCACCCCUUACCACCCCCAGACGGACGGUUUGGUUGAACGAUUCAACCAAACUCUCAAAAGCAUGCUGCGCAAGUUCGUUUCCAAGUCAGGGUCCGACUGGGACCAAUGGUUACCGUAUCUGUUGUUUGCUUAUCGAGAGGUGCCGCAAGCUUCCACGGGUUUCUCCCCAUUUGAACUAUUAUAUGGCCGGCAGGUGAGAGGACCUUUGGACCUGCUUAAAGAGCGGUGGGAGGGACCCAAAGAUGGAAAGUGCAGUGUGGUCCACUACGUGGUCCAAAUGAGGGCGCGGCUGGAAGAGAUGACAUCACUGGCCCAGGAACACCUCAACAAAGCCCAGCAAACCCAAAAGGUUUGGUACGAUAAAAGGGCAAAGGAGAGAUCGUUGGAGCCUGGCCAAAAAGUGCUGCUGCUGCUACCCACCACAGAGAACAAGUUGCUAGCUAAAUGGCAUGGACCCUAUGAGGUGCUGCGGAGAACGGGUAGAGUGACCUACGCAAUCUCCAUGCCAGAGCGGGGUAAGAAAACUCAAAACUUCCAUAUUAAUUUGUUGAAAGAGUUCCACCCCAGGAAGGAGACCGGGGCCGUACAACUGUUUGUUCGAGUGGUCGGUGAGGAAGAAGAACCAACAGAGCAGUACUUCCCCACCAGCUCCACCCCACAAACUGUUGAUAUAUCCCAUCUAGAGCCACCUCAAAGAAGCCAGAUAAAGCAACUGCUGGAUCCCAGGCUGUUUCAGGAGAAACCGGGGUGUACUAACUUGGUGCUACAUGAUGUAAUCCUUAGGGAGAUAACUCCCGCCCGCCAGAAGAGUUAUCGGAUCCCUGAACGCCUGGUGCCAGUGCUGAAGGAUGAACUGGAUAUUAUGCUCUCCAUGGGGGUGAUCGAACCAUCCCUUAGUGAGUGGUGUAGCCCCAUUGUUCUAGUCCCCAAAAAGGAUGGUACCCUUAGAUUUUGCAUUGACUUCAGACAUCUGAACAGCGUGUCUAAGGUAGACCCUUAUCCAAUGCCAAGAAUCGAUGAAUUAGUGGAAAGACUGGGCAGAGCCAAAUAUCUAUCCACCAUAGACUUAUGCAAGGGGUACUGGCAGGUCCCUUUAACUGCCAGAGCCAAGGAACUGACAGCGUUUAGAACCCCAUUUGGGCUAUUUCAAUUCAGGGUUAUGCCAUUUGGACUGCAGGGGGCACCAGCGACUUUCCAACGUUUGAUGGACCAGAUCCUGCAGGGCACCAGGGAGUUUGCGGCCGCAUAUCUGGACGAUGUGGUCAUCUUCAGUGAGACCUGGGAAGAACACUGUCAACAUUUGCGGCAAGUCUUGGGAAGAAUUAAGGCAGCCGGUCUUACCAUCAACCCAAAGAAGGGUACAAUUGCCAAGAGAGAGAUCAGCUACUUGGGAUUUGUGAUUGGAGGAGGAGUCAUUCGGCCGCAGCAGGAGAAGAUAGAGGCCAUUCGAAGUUACCAACCUCCGACAACUAAGAAACAGGUGAGAUCUUUUCUGGGCUUGUUGGGAUGGUAUCGGAGGUUUAUACCUAAUUUUUCUGGCAGGGCCUCUGUGCUUACAGAUCUCACAAAAGCCACCGCGCCCAACAAGGUGGUCUGGACGGAGCAGGGUGAGCGAGCUUUCCAGGACUUACGAGAGGCAGUAUGUGGAGAUUCCGUUUUGCUUAGCCCAGAUUUCCAGAGGCCAUUCAUUCUGCAGACGGAUGCCUCUGGAGUCGGACUGGGGGCGGUGUUACUACAGGAAGUGGACGGAGACCGCAGACCGGUGGCAUUCCUGAGUCGUAAACUCUUCCCUCGGGAAACCCGUUAUUCGACAGUGGAACAGGAGUGCUUGGCCAUCAAAUGGGCCACGGAUUCACUACGGUACUACCUGUUGGGAAGACCCUUUGUGUUAGAAACCGACCAUCGGGCUCUACAGUGGUUGGACCGCAUGAAAGACUCUAAUGCCCGGAUAACAAGAUGGUCUCUCUCUCUCCAGCCCUACCAGUUUACUGUGCAAUACUGCCCGGGAGCCAGGAACAAGGUGGCUGAUUUUUUGUCGCGGAUCCCAGAGGAGGAAAAUAACUAAAAUGGGUUGGUGACCCCAGCUCGUGGAGGGGUGGAGCGUUGACACUUGGGACGACAGUGGUCGUCUGCAGAAGGAGGAAGAAGUGUCACAGAGCCACCCUCUGUUCUCUGUGACCCCUGGUUACCC